UCUUAAGAUAAUUUUUUUGCAGAACGAAAAGACCUAAGGAAAUGGAGGAACAGUACGGGAUAACGGAUCUGACUCACUACAUGAACGGAAGAGUCUUCACCGCCGUCCCUCAGCCACCAUCUCAGCCUCAGCAGCCUCCUCAUGAUCUUCACUAUGAUAUGGUGAUGAUGGGUGGUGGUGGAGGUGGUGGUGGGAUGAUGUUUCGAUCAGAUUCCACCACCGGUACAGGCUCAACCACUGCUAGUCUUAGCGCUGGUGGUGGAGGUGGUUUAGAGAUGGAAAUUGGUGGCGGUUUAGAGAUGGAAAUUGGUGGUGGUAGUGGUGGUGGUGGAAAUGGUAGGUGGCCAAGGCAAGAAACUCUAACACUUCUGGAGGUCAGAUCAAGGCUUGAUUCUAAGUUUAAAGAAGCUAAUCAGAAAGGUCCUUUGUGGGAUGAAGUUUCAAGGAUAAUGUCUGACGAACAUGGGUAUCAACGAAGUGGGAAAAAAUGCAGAGAGAAGUUUGAGAACUUGUACAAGUAUUACAAGAAGACUAAAGAAGGAAAAGCUGGAAGACAAGAUGGGAAACAUUACAGCAAUCCAAACACAGCCAUGCCUUCGUUCAUGGAAAACAAGGAUUGUGGAGAUAGGGCAACUAACAAGAAAAGGCUCGGAAAAAGGAGUUGGAAGGCAAAGAUCAAGGACUUCAUUGAUUCCCAAAUGAAGAAAAUCAUGGAGAAACAAGAGGAAUGGAUGGAGAAGAUGAUGAAGUCUAUUGAACAGAAGGAAGAAGAAAGGGUUUUACGAGAGGAACAAUGGAGGAAAGAAGAAGCUGCUAGGUUCGAAAAAGAGCACAAGUUUUGGGCCAACGAACGAGCAUGGAUGGAGUCCCGAGAUCAUGCUUUAAUGGAGGCUUUGCACAAGUUAACCGAUAAAGAAUCAUGUCAUAAGUCUUCUCCCGAUGAACAAAACCUACAAGAUCAUCACCAUGGGAAGAUUGAUCAAACUGCUGUAAAUCUCACGAGUUGGGAUGAAAAUGAGAUCACAAGAUUGAUACAGCUACGAACAAGUAUGGAAAGUAGGUUCGAACAAGGUGCGUAUAUGCAAGAGCUUCUUUGGGAGGAAAUUGCAACAAAAAUGGCUUGUUUGGGUUACAGCAGGAAUGGCGUGACAUGCAAGACGAAGUGGGAUAGCAUAAAUGACUUCCUAAUGAGAACCAAAAAGAGAAAAGAGAAUACAAGAAGUUCCAACUCGUAUAGUCACCAUAAUAACGAAUCUCUUUCUCACACCAUUCACCAUCAGGUCGGAAGCUAUCGUCACAACAAUGAACGACUGGUUGCAUCCAACGAUCAGCCGAAUGAUGGUAAUUACAGGUUUGUGAUGGGUGAUCCUGAGAAUAUCUGGGAUGGAUAUGGCAUGAAGGUCAGCAAGGGUGAAGAUCAUUAG